CCUGCCACGGGGCUGGGGCCGGCGGCGGCGGCGGGGUCAGGGGUCACGGCGCCCCCGUCGCCCGGCCUGCCCCCAGCCUGGGCCGCGAUGAUGGCAGCGCUGUACCCGAGCACCGACCUCUCGGGCGCCUCCUCCUCCUCCCUGCCGUCCUCCCCGGGCUCCUCGGCGUCGCCCCACGAGGUGAUGGCGCUCAAGGAUGUGCGGGAGGUGAAGGAGGAGAACAGCCUGCACGAGAAGCUUUUCUUGCUGGCGUGCGACAAGGGUGACUAUUAUAUGGUUAAAAAGAUUUUGGAGGAAAACAGUUCAGGUGACUUGAACAUAAAUUGCGUAGAUGUGCUUGGGAGAAAUGCUGUUACCAUUACUAUUGAGAACGAAAACUUGGAUAUACUGCAGCUUCUUUUGGACUACGGUUGUCAGUCCGCAGAUGCACUUUUGGUGGCAAUCGACUCGGAAGUAGUGGGAGCUGUUGAUAUACUACUUAAUCAUCGGCCCAAACGCGCAUCCAGACCUACCAUAGUAAAGCUAAUGGAAAGAAUUCAAAAUCCUGAGUAUUCAACAACGAUGGAUGUAGCACCAGUCAUUUUAGCUGCUCAUCGAAACAACUAUGAGAUUCUUACAAUGCUACUGAAACAGGAUGUCUCUUUGCCCAAACCCCAUGCGGUUGGUUGUGAAUGUACAUUGUGCUCUGCAAAAAACAAAAAGGACAGCCUUCGGCAUUCCAGGUUUCGUCUUGAUAUAUAUCGCUGUUUGGCCAGUCCAGCUCUAAUCAUGCUAACAGAAGAGGAUCCCAUUCUCAGAGCAUUUGAACUUAGUGCUGAUUUAAAAGAACUAAGCCUUGUGGAGGUUGAAUUCAGGAAUGAUUAUGAGGAACUUGCCCGGCAGUGUAAAAUGUUUGCUAAAGAUUUGCUUGCCCAAGCCCGGAAUUCACGAGAACUGGAAGUCAUCCUGAACCAUACGUCGAGUGAUGAGCCUCUUGACAAACGGGGAUUACUAGAAGAGAGAAUGAAUUUGAGUCGUCUGAAACUUGCUAUCAAAUAUAACCAAAAGGAGUUUGUCUCUCAAUCUAACUGCCAGCAGUUCCUCAACACUGUUUGGUUCGGACAGAUGUCUGGCUACCGGCGCAAGCCCACCUGUAAGAAGAUAAUGACUGUUUUGGCCGUUGGCAUUUUUUGGCCAGUUUUGUCACUCUGUUAUUUAAUAGCUCCCAAAUCUCAAUUUGGCAGAAUCAUUCAUACACCUUUUAUGAAAUUUAUUAUUCAUGGAGCUUCCUAUUUCACAUUUCUGCUGUUACUAAACCUAUAUUCCUUGGUUUAUAAUGAGGAUAAGAAAAACACCAUGGGACCAGCCCUGGAAAGAAUAGAUUAUCUUCUUAUACUGUGGAUUAUUGGGAUGAUUUGGUCAGAUAUUAAAAGACUCUGGUAUGAAGGGUUGGAAGACUUUCUAGAAGAAUCUCGUAACCAACUCAGUUUUGUCAUGAAUUCACUUUAUCUGGCAACUUUCGCCCUCAAAGUGGUGGCUCACAACAAGUUUCAUGAUUUUGCUGAUCGGAAGGACUGGGACGCAUUUCACCCAACUCUGGUGGCAGAAGGACUUUUUGCCUUUGCAAAUGUUCUGAGUUACCUUCGUCUCUUUUUUAUGUAUACAACAAGUUCUAUCUUGGGUCCAUUACAGAUUUCAAUGGGACAGAUGCUACAGGAUUUUGGAAAAUUCCUUGGGAUGUUCCUUCUUGUUUUGUUUUCUUUCACAAUUGGAUUGACACAGCUGUAUGAUAAAGGUUACACUUCAAAAGAGCAGAAGGACUGUGUUGGCAUCUUCUGUGAACAGCAGAGCAAUGAUACUUUCCACUCGUUCAUUGGCACAUGCUUUGCUUUGUUCUGGUAUAUUUUCUCUUUAGCACAUGUGGCCAUUUUUGUCACAAGAUUCAGCUAUGGGGAGGAGCUACAGUCCUUUGUUGGGGCUGUCAUCGUGGGCACCUACAAUGUGGUGGUGGUAAUCGUGCUCACCAAGCUGCUAGUGGCCAUGCUGCACAAAAGCUUCCAGCUUAUUGCCAAUCAUGAAGACAAAGAGUGGAAGUUUGCACGAGCCAAGUUGUGGCUUAGCUACUUUGAUGACAAGUGUACAUUGCCUCCACCUUUCAAUAUCAUUCCUUCCCCUAAGACUAUCUGCUAUAUGAUUAGUAGUCUCAGCAAAUGGAUUUGCUCUCAUACAUCGAAAGGCAAACUUAAGCGGCAAAACAGCUUAAAGGAGUGGAGAAACCUGAAGCAAAAGAGAGAUGAAAACUACCAGAAAGUCAUGUGCUGCUUGGUGCAUCGAUACCUGACCUCCAUGAGGCAGAGGAUGCAGAGCACAGACCAGGCGACUGUGGAGAAUCUCAAUGAGCUGCGCCAAGAUCUCUCAAAAUUCCGUAAUGAAAUACGGGAUUUACUAGGCUUUCGGACUUCCAAGUAUGCUAUGUUUUAUCCAAGAAACUAAGCAUUUUCUAAACCAACUGGAGAAGAGUUUUGAAUAAUAGAUCUAAAAGACUGUAUUUACAUACCUUACAAUUCAACUUAAAAAUAUAUAUUGAAAUUACUAUGUAAAAGCCAUUCUUUAAAAUAUUUAUAGCCUAAUAUAUAUGUUAUGUAAAAUAUGUAUAUAGAAUUAAUUUUUUAAAAUCCUCUUAAUGACUUUUUGCAGGAGCAAAACAGAUUGAGUAAAUGAUUUUGUUAGCAUGCUGCUUAGUUUUCUUAUUUGAGCAGUUUCUUAAAAUUUCACUCUGUAUUUGAGAAAGGUGAUUAUGGUGAUAGUUUACAUGUUGCUGGAAUGUUUUGUGAAAUGAAGAUCAAUAAUUGUGGAUCCAAAGGGCACACUUGAAAUAUAGAAGUCAGAGUUUUUAA